GUCAUAAUUUCAAUAAUGCCAACAUUUCGACAUUAAUCUGUCAGUGAGUUAACGUGCCUGUCCCUUGAAAUCUUUCUUUUUGCUAAAGUGCGUUCGCAAAGACGUGUGCUGGUUCACCAACUUUUCGUUAAAAAGGUGCAACAAAAUGUCGACGGCAACAAUUCGUACCCGCCGGUUCAUGACCAAUCGUUUACUGUGCCGGAAGCAGAUGAUUUGCGAUGUUCUGCAUCCAGGACUAGCGUCGGUGCCCAAGAAGGAAAUCCGCGAAAAACUGGCCGCCAUGUACAAAACCACCCCUGAUGUGGUGUUCGUGUUUGGUUUCCGCACCAACUUUGGCGGUGGUAAAUCAACCGGAUUCGGGCUGAUCUACGAUACCUUGGACUAUGCGAAAAAGUUCGAACCGAAGCACCGAUUGGGCCGCCACGGACUGUUUGAGAAGAAGAAGAUGACCCGUAAGCAGCGUAAGGAACGCAAGAAUCGUAUGAAGAAGGUGCGCGGUACCAAGAAGGCCAAGGUCGGACAGGCCGUCAAAAAAUAAACAGUGUUGUGUUUAUGCUAAUUUGGAGAGAUUUUCUCUUACUCGGAUGGGAGCUGCUCAUUCCGUCGAAUGAGGAAAAUAUACUUUAUGGAUUAAGAAA